AUGCACAUCGCCAGCCCGCAGCACAGCGAGAGCCACAAGUUUCCCCUACUGAUAUUCUAUCUACUUCAGAUUGCUUUCAAAGUCCACGGCACCGUCCAAGGUGUCGGCUUCCGAGACUUCACCCAAAAAUGUGCUAAACUCGAUGGGCUCAAGGGCUGGGUUAGGAACACUACUUGUGGAAGGGUCGAAGGCGAGGCCCAAGGGAGCGACGAAAAAGUGAAGAAAUUCCUCCAGCGCAUCGAUAAAGGUCCUUCUAUGGCUCAUGUAGUGAAGCUGGAGAAGCGAGAUUUGGAUGUGCGUCAUGAUGAGGAGGGAUUUACCGUGAUGCGGACAGCAGAGUCCAUGUUCAAACCGGGGAACUAG